CAGGAGCGUGUAGCAGUGAAGCCGCAGUGGCGCGCGGAGUGAGAUGAGGCUCAGGCUGUGAUCGGUACAAGCCGGGCCCGUCGGUAGAUGGCGGUAACUCGAGAAACCUGAUCCACCGGGCUCUCGUGCACUCCAGCUCAGUUUGCAGCACUCGCAUUGGAGACAGGAGGAGCUGAACAGUUUUGAAGGACAUCAAAAGAAAAGAAAAAAAAGAGUGGAGCUCGCGGCGGGCUCCUCUCCAGUUUAACGCGCAGCUCUCGCGAGCAGGCGGCGGACCGCUUCAUCUCCCUGAGAGAAGACAAAGAUCCAAACUCAGAGCACCAUGGAAGACAAAUCCAACUCGUUCUCCAGCAACAAGGAGGAGAAGGCGGAUGGGAAUAAUGUUUUCCAGAGGCAAGACUCGAUACAGAAAAACAGCACGGGAAGCCAGAACAUGAAGGACCAUGGCAACUCCGUGGGCUUCAAGGGGGAGCGGGAAGAGGCCAUGGUCGGAUUUGACGAUCUGGACGGGGCGUCCAGGCAGUAUGGUUUUAUGCAGAGGCAAUUUGGGGCGAUGAUGCAGCCCGGAGUCAAUAAGUUCUCCUUGCGUAUGUUCGGCAGUCAGAAAGCCGUGGAGAAGGAGCAAGAACGCGUCCAGACGGCCGGAUACUGGAUCAUUCAUCCAUAUAGCGAUUUUAGGUUCUACUGGGACUUGAUAAUGCUCAUCAUGAUGAUGGGGAAUCUAAUCAUCAUUCCUGUGGGAAUAACCUUCUUCUCAGAGCAGACUACUACCACCUGGCUGGUCUUCAACGUGGCUUCAGACACCAUCUUCUUGGUGGACCUGGUCAUGAACUUUAGAACAGGGAUCGUCAACGAGGAGAGCUCUGAGAUCAUCCUUGAUCCCAAAGUCAUCAAGAUGAAUUACUUGAAGAGCUGGUUCGUUGUGGACUUCCUCUCUUCCAUUCCAGUGGAUUAUAUCUUUUUAAUAGUGGAGAAAGGCUUUGACUCAGAGGUUUAUAAAACAGCACGUGCUCUGCGAAUCGUCCGCUUCACCAAGAUCCUCAGUCUCCUGCGUCUGUUGAGAUUGUCCCGGCUCAUAAGAUACAUACAUCAAUGGGAAGAGAUUUUCCAUAUGACCUAUGACCUGGCUAGUGCAGUGGUAAGAAUAUUUAAUUUGAUAGGGAUGAUGCUGCUUCUGUGUCACUGGGAUGGCUGUCUACAAUAUCUGGUGCCUCUCCUCCAAGACUUUCCCCCUGACUGCUGGGUGUCGCUAAAUGGAAUGGUUAAUGUUUCCUGGGGGAAGCAGUAUUCUUAUGCCCUGUUUAAAGCCAUGAGCCACAUGCUGUGCAUCGGGUAUGGCGCCCGAGCGCCCGUCAGCAUGUCUGACCUGUGGAUCACCAUGCUGAGUAUGAUUGUGGGCGCCACGUGCUACGCCAUGUUUGUGGGCCAUGCUACAGCUUUAAUCCAAUCACUGGAUUCCUCACGCAGGCAGUACCAAGAGAAGUAUAAGCAAGUGGAGCAAUACAUGUCCUUCCACAAGCUCCCAGCAGACAUGAGGCAGAAAAUCCAUGACUACUACGAACACCGCUACCAAGGCAAAAUCUUCGACGAGGACAACAUCCUGAGCGAACUCAACGACCCACUAAAAGAGGAAAUAGUCAACUUCAACUGCCGUAAGCUCGUGGCCACCAUGCCGCUGUUUGCCAAUGCAGACCCUAACUUUGUGACCGGGAUGCUGAGCAAGUUGAAGUUUGAGGUUUUCCAGCCAAAUGACUACAUAAUCAGGGAAGGCACAGUCGGGAAGAAGAUGUACUUCAUCCAGCACGGCGUUGUGAGCGUCAUCACCAAAUUCAACAAGGAGAUGAAGCUGACUGAUGGAUCUUACUUUGGAGAGAUCUGUCUGCUCACCAAGGGCAGGCGAACGGCGAGCGUGCGUGCAGACACUUAUUGUCGACUCUUCUCACUCUCUGUUGACCAUUUUAAUGAGGUGCUAGAGGAGUACCCCAUGAUGCGACGAGCUUUCGAAACUGUCGCCAUCGACCGAUUGGACCGCAUAGGGAAGAAGAACUCAUUGCUGCUGCAGAAGUUCCAGAAGGAUCUGAACGCCGGCGUUUUCAACACGCAGGAGAACGAGAUAUUGAAGCAGAUUAUCCGUCAGGACAGGGAGAUGGUGAUGAUGGUGGAUCGCAAGCAGUCGGUCACUGGGAUGAACUCAACACCAGUGUCAGGAAACUCCAUCAUUAACUCACCAGCUCAGCCACCAUACUCCACGGCCUUUGGCAUCACUCAGCUGCAGCAGUCUUCUGUACCCAUGACCUAUAGUGCUUCGGCUAUUGCCAAUGCCUCUGUUGCACGCAUGCUGCCAGUCGCUGUAGCGCAGGGCGGCUACCCAGCUCCCAGCAUUUCCCACGGUAGCCUGAAUUCAUCUUCACAGACCCCGCUGCAGCAGCAGGGAGCGAUCAUGUCCCCCUGCUCCUUCACAGCUGCCAUGUGUAGCCCGCCUGUUCAGACCCCUUUGGCCAGUCGGAGCUUCCAGUACGGCUCACCCACAGCGUCUCAGCUGUCGCUAAUCCAGCAACCCAUCGGCCAAUCGUCUCUACCCACGCAGCAACAGCUCGGUCAGCAGCCGGCUGCGUCAGCUGCUGCUGCUGCAGCCUCUUCAGCAGGGCAGCAGCAGCAGGUUCCUUCACCUCAACGGGGAGACAUCCACAAGAGCACACAGGCCCUACAGUCGGGCAGCUUGAGUCGAGACAUCCGACACCUUUCGGCAUCCCAACCGUCACUGCCACAUGACACAUCCCUGGGGCCCAGAGCUCAUCCAGCCUCAGGAGACUCUCUGGCCUCCAUUGUGCCACCGACAGCAGCAGCCAUCCAGGGAAUAAGUCUACAAAGUGGCAUUCGCACUACAGUGCCGCAACGGGUCAAUUUGUUCCGCCAGAUGUCGUCUGGAGCCCUGCCCCCUGUGCGCUCGGCUGCAUCUGCGGCAGCGGCGGCGGCGGCAGCAGCAGCGGCGGCAUCAUCAUCAUCCUCCACCCAGCACAGGGAACCCCCCGGAUCUAGGAGAGAUUCUGUUCUCAGCAGUGCAGAGACUGAGCAAGACAAAAUGCGUUUUGCUUCAAAUUUAUGAUCCCUGCAUGUUUCCCUGCCCAUGCUUUUCUUUUUCUUUUUUAAGUUUAACGUGUUUUAAUUCAUUUUUAAGAUGCAGUUAGAACAAAAGAGGCAAAAAGGGGAAUUUCUGCUAUUUUUCUUCUCCCAUUUUCCUCAAGCGUAACCUCACAGAAAUCUUGUAAAUAAGACCUUGUAUUAUAUUUUAGACAAUUUCGUCUCCCUAAACUUAAGAAUGUAUAUUAUACAAAUACAUUAAAUGGAUUUGUGAGAGGGUGUGUGCGUGUGUGAGUGUGUGCAUGAAAGUGAAAAGGUGUGUAAAAUUCAACUACAAUAUUGGAAAUGGCUAUUUAAAGCUGUAGUAUAAAAAUGAGUCUUCCUGUCAGAGAAAUUUAAGGAACUAUAUAUCAUGUAUGGAGGGUUUUUUAUUCAAAUUUCUUGUUUGUUUGUUUGUUUUCUUGCUUUGCUUUAUUUUUUACUGGAAUGCAAUGUGUUUUUGUGUCGGGUUUUUUUUUGUGUGUGUUUGUUUUGUUAAAUUUGACGAAGAAGGAAAACUGUCUUCUCCUAUCAAGCAGCUUUAGGCAUCACUGUGGAAUCAUAAAUGCAAAUAACUGACGCAGAAAUUCAAAAAGCACAUAUUCAUGAAAUUAUUCUCAUAAUUUACUGAAACCUUGUUUUGGUAAUCCACACAAACACUGUAACCAAGUAUUACGUUGCUCUCGGCAAUAAGAAUACAGUCUGUUGAGCCUCUCUGUCCCCACAGAGGCUCAUUCUUACCACAACAGUGUUAUGGGUCCAAAGGGAAAUCGGUUCUUGAAAUGCUGCUUUUUAUUCGUCGUGUUCUGAGGAAGCUGAGUGUGGACAUGUCUAUGGAUGGAUGCUGUUUUGUUUUUCUAUUUCUUUUUUUUUCAGAUGGCUGAAAUGUUAAGUAAUGUUGCUUAAAAAAUGUGUGUAUAUUUAUAAUAUUUAUAAACUAAAGAUUAUCACCAUUAUGCAAUAGACUGUGACAUAACAAUUACCUAUAUGUGUGCUGUAAAUAGUUUUGUAGAUCUAGACUUUACAGAUACUGUGUUGUGCUUUCUCUAUCAUAACAAUGUCUUACUUCUAUCAUCGCGCAAGGAUAAGUGACAAAACAUGUAUGUUUCAUAGGAGACGAACAGACCUUCAUGCAGUAGCUGGCAGUGUUUGAUGGUGAGAAAACCCUGCUUGAAGGAUGCUCAUGGUUCCCUCUCUUCUCUGUGGCUGGAUGCUUUAUGCCUUUUUCUGGUGUGGAUCCUAAUUUGGCAAAAGCAGAACCCACGGCUACACUAUUUUACAUGUAUGCCUCAAUUUGUUUUAGAAAGUAUAUUCAAAGUAAAUUUGAUAUUUUCAUCGUCUUACUUCCUAAAACAAACAAGGAUCAUACACGUUUUUACAAAUUGUAAAUCCUCUGUUUACUCAGCUGGACUUUAUCUAAAGCUCUACUGUGAGGUCACUGUAGCUCAAAGGCUGAAUGAAUAGUUUAAAAAUAUAUUAAAGCAAAACCCACAACUCUCACUUUGCAAAGGCAAAGAAACCAUGGUAGUUUUUUGGGUUAGGGUUAGAUUAGACUGAGUCUGAGUGGGCCAUGUUUGGUGACCCUUUGUCGAGAUGGCUGACCGGCGCUGUGACAUCAGAGUGGUCAGUGUCUGUCGUGGCGGCAAACCUACUGGUGGGCACCGGUAGUUAAAGACGCUGUCAAGCUAUAGAAGGGGUCCUAUUGGGUCCUUUUGGCCUGUGGGACUCGAGAGGCAGCUUAGCGGUACUGGUAGUCCAAGCAGAAUGCUGCUUGGAGGCAAAAACCCAAGUGUGGCAGGGUUUUGCCUUCGAGAAAGAUUUCCGUACGGCUUUGAGAUGUUGGUC